AUCCCCAAAUCAUAGAAACACAACAAAAGUGUUCGUGCUUAUUGAGAGUGAGAGAAAAAAAUAUAGUUUCUUGUGUGAGGUUAAUUUCUCCAUGUAUUUAGAGAGAGGCUCUAUAAUUUCUCUCACUUAGUGAAAGCCCUCUACUAUUGUCAUGUGGUUUUUCCACUUAUUUGUUAAAAGAUUUUCAAAUAAAUAUUGUAUGUUCAAUUCAUCUUUUCUCGUCUCUUAUUUCAGCUUAGUCACAAUUAUUUUGUCACUCGACAAACACGACUAUAAAAUCUUAAAUUUAAAUAUCAACAUUAUCAGUUAAACUACGCUUAUAAACUCGGUACCAUUUUGCUUACCGUCAAGCUUAUCCAUCACUUAAAAAAACCCAUGGAGCCGUAAGUAUCUUGCUAGUUUGCUUUUAAAAAAGAGAGGUCCCACACAAUGCCAUUAUUUGAGUUGCAUUAUUACAUGUUGCAUUCCUUCCAUUUUGGGCCGUGUUGUCUCAUAUUGAGUGGUGGCUAACUUGCUGAUUUGGCAACUUUGUUUUCUUCCUCACAACCCACUCAUAUUCCAAUUCAUCAUUCUUAUUCCUUCAUUUCUUCUUCUUGGAUAUUCACCAAACCCCACUUAAUUUAUUUGUUGCUUCUUGCUUGCUGUAAACCAUUAAAAAUCACUUAUUAUUAUAUAAUAAUUAAUAAUCUUUCAUCCAAUCACAACUACUCAUUCUUUCUAGUUUAAAAGAGUGUGUCUUUGUGUGUGUUAGUGUUGAUCUUGAAGUUUGAGAGUGAGUGAGUGAGUGAGUUGUGGAAGGAAGGUGGAAGAAGAGGGAUUACUAUUACUGUAUGUCAGUGGAAUAUUACAGUGGAAUAUAUUACGGUGAACUUGCUAAUCCUUUGCAAUGGCCACAGUUGAGGAAAAAACGACGCCUAUUUGUUGUUCCAAGGCUGCUGUUACUGCAAGUUCAACCUCUUCUAAUGUUCCUAAACAGAAACAGCAACCGCCUUUCGUUUCGGCUGUUGAUUCCCGCCUUGAUCCUCCUCCCAAAUCAGCUUCUUCCAAAGAAGUAAACGAUAGAAAAGAAACCAUUUCCUUUGACAUAGGUAUUACAGUAAUGGCGAAAGCUCAAACUCUACAUCCUUUGGAUCCUCUUACUGCUGCUGAAAUAUCAGUAGCUGUAGCAACUGUUCGAGCGGCUGGAGCAACACCUGAGGUGAGGGAUAGCAUGAGGUUCAUUGAAGUAGACUUGGUAGAACCAGAAAAGCAAGUUGUUGCAUUAGCAGAUGCAUACUUCUUUCCUCCUUUCCAACCCUCGCUGCUCCCGAGGACAAAAGGUGGACCUGUGAUUCCAUCAAAACUGCCUCCGAGGAAAGCAAGAUUGGUUGUCUAUAAUAAGAAGUCAAAUGAGACAAGCAUAUGGAUUGUUGAACUAACUGAAGUUCAUGCAACGACUCGUGGUGGACAUCAUAGGGGCAAAGUUAUUUCUUCUACAAUUGUUCCGGAUGUUCAGCCUCCCAUGGAUGCUGUGGAGUAUGCUGAAUGUGAAGCUGUUGUAAAGGACUAUCCUCCGUUUCGAGAGGCAAUGAAGAAAAGAGGAAUCGAAGAUAUGGAUCUUGUGAUGGUGGAUCCUUGGUGUGCCGGAUAUCACAGCGAAGGUGAUGCUCCAAGCCGCAGACUUGCUAAACCGCUGUUCUUUUGUAGGACUGAGAGUGACUGUCCUAUGGAAAAUGGCUAUGCUCGUCCUGUUGAAGGAAUACAUGUACUUGUCGACAUGCAAAAUAUGGUUGUCCUCGAGUUUGAAGAUCGUAAGCUUGUUCCCCUUCCACAGGCUGAUCCACUAAGAAAUUAUACUUCUGGUGAAACCCGGGGAGGAGUUGACCGAAGUGAUGUGAAACCGUUACAGAUUAUUCAGCCAGACGGUCCAAGUUUUCGCGUCAAUGGGAACUUUGUUCAAUGGCAGAAGUGGAACUUUCGUAUUGGAUUCACUCCUAGGGAGGGUUUGGUUGUUUAUUCAGUAGCUUAUAUUGAUGGAAGCCGCGGCCGAAGACCUGUGGCACACAGAUUGAGUUUUGUUGAGAUGGUUGUCCCUUAUGGAGAUCCAAAUGAUCCUCACUAUAGGAAAAAUGCUUUUGAUGCCGGAGAAGAUGGCCUCGGUAAAAAUGCUCAUUCACUCAAGAAGGGGUGCGAUUGUUUAGGAUAUAUCAAGUACUUCGAUGCACACUUUACAAACUUUUAUGGCAGUGUUGAAACAAUUGAGAAUUGUGUUUGCAUGCAUGAAGAAGAUCACGGUAUGUUAUGGAAGCAUCAAGAUUGGAGAACAGGUUUAGCUGAAGUUCGACGGUCUAGAAGGCUGACGGUGUCUUUUAUAUGCACUGUGGCUAACUAUGAGUAUGGAUUUUACUGGCACUUUUAUCAGGAUGGAAAAAUAGAAGCUGAGGUCAAGCUGACAGGAAUACUCAGCUUAGGUGCAUUGCAACAAGGCGAAACUCGAAAAUAUGGUACAACGAUUGCACCUGGAUUAUAUGCACCUGUCCAUCAACACUUUUUUGUUGCUCGUAUGGACAUGGCAGUUGAUUGCAAGCCCGGUGAAGCAUUUAAUCAGGUUGUUGAGGUGAAUGUGAAAGUUGAAGAGCCAGGAAAGAAUAAUGUUCACAACAAUGCAUUUUAUGCUGAAGAAAAACUGCUUAAAUCAGAAUUAGAAGCAAUGCGCGAUUGUGACCCUUUAUCUGCUCGUCAUUGGAUAGUUAGGAACACGAGGAGUGUGAACCGAACCGGACAUCUAACCGGUUACAAACUAGUUCCUGGUUCAAAUUGCUUACCUUUAGCUGGAUCAGAGGCUAAGUUUUUAAGAAGAGCAGCUUUCUUGAAGCACAAUCUUUGGGUUACUGCUUACGCACGUGACGAAUUGCAUCCUGGAGGAGAGUUCCCUAAUCAAAAUCCUCGCGUUGGUGAGGGUUUGGCUACUUGGGUUAAGCAAAAUCGACCACUCGAAGAAGCUGAUAUAGUUCUUUGGUACGUAUUUGGGGUGACACAUAUUCCUCGAUUAGAAGACUGGCCUGUUAUGCCUGUGGAGCACAUUGGUUUUAUGCUUAUGCCACAUGGAUUUUUCAAUUGCUCACCAGCAGUAGAUGUACCACCAAGCCCAAGUGAUUUGGAUGAUAAGGAAAAUGGCAUGCCUACCAAGCCUAGUCAGAAUGGAUUAAUUGCCAAGCUUUGAAAGUCCUAAAAAUCAGAGAUAUUUAGGCUCAUUCAGCCUUUUUAUGUGGUUGUGUUCAUCAUCUGAAUAAGUUUCUACCUAUAAUUGAACAUUUAAUAUUGCUGCUUGUGUUAAUUAAUCAAUGGUGGUGUGGUGUGUAACCUGGUUAUUUAAUUUAAGAAAGGCUUAUUGUGUAAUUUUAUAAAAAAAUUCUCUUACUUUUACGAUUGAGAUAAUGAUUUCAUUGUUAUUUAUGUCCAUAAAUAUUAGUAGUGUUCAAUAAAAGUGCAUAAAUUCUUGAUUUUA